UGAUUUCCGGUCACAGAGGAUCGAAGAUGGCGACUCACAUGUCGAGGUGUAGAACCUGGAGUCGUGUUCAAAGGUUUGGGAUCGCAGCCUACAGAAAGUACAGCAGUGGCAGCAGGUACCCAAAUAUCUCCCUCUCUACACCACUGACUGGGAUCCCAAAGCCAGUGUUUGCAUCUGUGGAUGGUCAGGAAAAAUAUGAGACAAAGAUCACAACUCUAGAAAAUGGCCUCAAAGUUGCUUCCCAAAACAAGUUUGGGCAAUUCUGCACAGUUGGAAUUUUAGUAAACUCUGGAUCCAGAUAUGAAGCAAAAUACCCUAGUGGAAUAGCACAUUUCUUAGAGAAACUUGCCUUUUCUUCCACAGCUCAGUAUGGGAGUAAAGAUGAAAUUCUGCUAACGCUGGAAAAGCAUGGAGGGAUAUGCGACUGCCAAACAUCAAGAGAUACCACCAUGUAUGCAGUGUCUGCUGAAGUGAAGGGGCUGGACACAGUGGUUAGUCUUCUGUCCGAUGCUGUUCUACAGCCUCGCCUUUUGGAUGAAGAGAUCGAGAUGACCAGAAUGGUGGUACGCUUUGAGUUAGAAGACCUAAGCAUGAGGCCUGAUCCUGAACCCUUACUCACUGAGAUGAUCCACGCUGCUGCAUAUCGAGGCAACACGGUCGGACUGCCUCGCUUCUGUCCUGCAGAAAAUGUGAACAAGAUCGACAAGAAAGUGCUUCACAGCUACCUUCGUAACUACUACCGUCCCGAGCGGAUGGUGCUGGCAGGAGUGGGCAUCGAACACGAGCAGCUGGUUGAAUGUGCCCGGAAAUACCUACUGGAUGUGAAGCCAGUGUGGGAAACAGGCACUGUGGCCAACGUGGACCUGUCUGUAGCUCAGUACACAGGUGGCAUCGUCAAGAUGGAGAAGGAUAUGUCAGAUGUGAGCCUUGGCCCUACCCCGAUCCCAGAGCUCACCCACAUCAUGAUCGGCCUGGAGAGCUGCUCCUUCCUGGAGGACGACUUCAUCCCAUUCGCAGUGCUCAACAUGAUGAUGGGUGGAGGAGGCUCCUUUUCUGCAGGAGGACCCGGGAAAGGCAUGUUCACCCGCCUUUACCUGAACGUUCUCAACAGGCAUCAUUGGAUGUACAACGCCACCUCCUACCAUCAUAGCUAUGAGGACAGUGGACUGCUGUGUAUCCAUGCUAGCGCAGACCCCAGACAGGUGCGGGAAAUGGUGGAAAUCAUAACCAGAGAGUUCAUUCAAAUGGCUGGAAGUGCAGGAGAGAUGGAACUAGAGAGGGCCAAGACUCAGCUUAAGUCCAUGUUGAUGAUGAACCUCGAGUCACGGCCGGUCAUUUUUGAAGAUGUUGGCCGCCAGGUUCUCUCCACAGGAAAGAGAAAGCUGCCACAUGAACUGUGUGAUCUAAUAAGUAAUGUGACAGCCAGUGAUAUUAAAAGAGUGACCACCAAGAUGCUACGCAGUAAACCCGCCGUAGCAGCUCUGGGAGACCUGACGGAGCUGCCCUCGUACGAAAACAUCCAGGCCGCCCUGUCCAGCAAGGACGGACGUCUGCCCCGCAUGUAUCGUCUCUUCCGAUAAACCCCCUCCCCAUCGCCAUUUAGCCGGUCUGAACUGGCAAACAACAGUGUAAAUAAACUGGACUGGAAGCUUACACUAGUGUUCCCUCCCAACACAGAACUCAGCACAGCUCACUCAGGGAGGGAGCUAAUCCCCUGGCUCUCAGCUGAACCUUUGGGCCUGGGGAUUUUAAAGAAAAGUUAAAUUUUACCCUUAAGUAGUCCACAUACAGUUGAAGUAUAUGUAUUUAUUGUUUGUGGGCAGGAAGCCAUACGUCAUGAUUUACCGAUGGUUUGCAGGAGUUUGGUUUUAAAGGGACAAAGCCAACAUUUAAGUGUUAAUUUCCCAUUUAAAAAUCUCAUUACCAACCUUUUAUGUUUUAACACUGUGAACUGAUCUUCAGAGUAAAUCAGCAUAGAGGCAAGAGACGGGGGUGGCUAACAUCCCCAGCAGUGUCAGCGCUUUUAUGUUUUAUUGAGCCAUUAUGUUCCUUAGUUUUCAGACCCACAGCUCAUUAAAGUUCAUGAGCUCCACAUCAGACCUGCUCUAUUUCCAGAGAUAAUGUAUAAAAACUUUGAGCAAUCUUUUCAGAUCUUUUCUAUUUAUACAACAGCACUUAAUGAUCUCCCUUUACAGGCACAGGAGACAGAGCAAUAGUUAAAUAAUUAAUAAAGUAAUUGCUGGAAAGUUUGGGAUCAGUGUGGCCAACUACUUAACUGUAGCCAACUGUAGACGGAAAUCAUGGUUUCUGUCACCGUCUCAGAUGUACUGUAAAGAGACUGACUCCUUUUGUUGUUUUUUGGUUGUGUUGGUGCCCUUGUAAAUUUCAAUAAACUUUAAGGGGAUAAAUUAAAGGAAUAGUUUGACAUUGGUAAAUUAUUCACCCUCUGCCGGACAGUUACACGAGGCAGGGGUGGGUACAUCGAUCCCCCACUACGGAACGAAGUCUUGUUUUGACUAACAAAACUAGUGCCAGUAAGCUCAGAGAAUUCACUUAAUGUUAUUUACAUUGAACUCUGUCUUGUGUUUUAACGUGCACUUGAUUAAGUAAAAAAAAUAGAACAGAAAUUUCUCAUGUUUGGGAAAUUAGUAACUUCAGUGGUCAUUAAAUAUAUCCAGAGGUAGCCUGUUAAUAAUGCAUCAGCAUCAUGACUUACAGUACUCUCUGCCUUAUGUUAUAGUACAUUACCUGUUUUUAACAAUAAAGUGUAUCGAUAUCGAUAUUGGUAUUGAUAUCAUGAUCCUGGGCCUGGUUUUACUAGGUAUCACACCAAAACCAAAAGACAGGGUGUCAAACCUCGUCUAGAUUCCCACUAUAAAGCAAAUAAGUACACAAAAUUUUAUUACUUAAAAAGACAUGUCUCCUCUGCCUCAUCGUGAAUCUAGAGGUUUACUAUUGCCAGAUAAGACAUAAAAAAAAAACAAAAAAACUUUGAAUUGAUGUUCAUCCAAAGACACCCAAGUGUAUUUAAAUAUUAUUUCAGUGGCUUCUGUCUACAGUGAAUAUGUUAAAUGUGACCAUAACAUCUGUACACCAGCUGGUAAAUAAAUGUAAUUACCUCCAUGAAUAAAAUUAUAUAUUUUAAA